ACCAGAUAGUUCAUACUUUGCUUGGUCACAAGGACAUCGAACUGUAAAGCUUGUUCCUUGGUCCCAGUGCCUUAAGAACUUGAAACAUGAUGAAAAUAUUGAGAGGGCAUCAGAAUUUGGUAUUCAGCUGUGCAUUCUCUCCUGACUCUUCAAUGCUGUGUUCAGUUGGAGCGAGUAAAGCAGUUUUCCUUUGGAAUAUGGAUACGUAUACCAUGAUACGCAAACUAGAAGGGCAUCACCAUGAUGUUGUAGCUUGUGACUUUUCUCCUGAUGGAGCAUUACUGGCUACUGCAUCUUAUGAUACUCAUGUAUAUAUCUGGGAUCCACAUAAUGGAGACAUUCUGAUGGAAUCUGGGCACCUGUUUCCCCCGCCUACUGCAAUAUUUGCCGGAGGAGCAAAUGACCGAUGGGUACGCUCUGUAUCUUUUAGUCACGAUGGACUACACAUUGCAAGCCUUGCUGAUGAUAAAAUGGUGAGGUUCUGGAGAAUUGAUGAGGAUUAUCCAGUACAAGUUGCACCUUUGAGCAAUGGUCUGUGCUGUGCCUUCUCUACUGAUGGCAGUGUUCUGGCUGCUGGGACACAUGAUGGAAGUGUGUAUUUUGGGGCCACUCCAAGACAAGUUGCUAGCCUUCAGCAUUUGUGUCGCAUGUCAAUCCGAAGAGUGAUGCCCACUCAAGAAGUCCAGAAGCUGCCCAUUCCUUCCAAAGUUUUGGAGUUUCUUUUAUAUUGUAUUUAAUUAGCUGCUUUUUUAAAAAAAAAUAAUAUUGGGAAUUGCACUCAUGACCCCCUGCUUGCCACGCAGGCACUGGGCCACUGAGCUAAACUCCCAGCCCUUAUGUUUUAUUUAGAAGACUGCCUUCCCUAGUAGUAGGGACUGACAGGAUACACUUAACAUGAACUUCAAGCUUUACUGAUGUAAAGUCUGUUUUUAGAGGUUUAGAAGAUUUAUUUAAUUUGAUACAUUUCUUGUACUGCAUUUUACCAGUUGAGCUUUUAAAAUACUAUUUAUAGACUAUAGAAGUAUUUCUGAACAUAUUAAAUGUAAAUUGUUUUAGAGUAACUGUGAAAACAUAUACAUACAUGUAUAUAUUUAGAUGCAAGCUGCUAUGUGUUGAAUGGACCCUUUUGCUUUUCUAAUUUUUCUGUAUAUACUGCUUCAAUAGAGCCAUCACAUGUAUCAUUGCUAUAAAGUGGAAGGAAGAUUUUUUUUAAAUUUGGGACACUGAAUUUGGUGAGAAGUUUUGACUUAAGAAAUCUGAAUUGCCUCAUUCAGAGUGAAUUUGAUUGUGCAGGAGCAGACUGGCGCAGCUAGUGAAAGUUUUUGUAUAGGGAAGGGAUUUUGUUGUCCUUAGAAUGGUAUCUGAUUGGUGGUAUUUGAGUGUGACAUUUUUUAAAAAUCCAAGGCAAAAUUAGAAAAGAUUGUCUUUACCCCAUUAAGUACUGCUUCAGGCUUUAAUUUGGGAAGGCAGCUUGCUACUUUAUUCCUGUGUUUUAUGUUUUAAUUAUUUUGAGAAACUUAUCUACUGUAUUGUUAAAUGUUUAUACUAAGGGACAAUUAUCUUGAGACCUUUUUUUU